GAUCAGAGAAGAUAAACUCUCCACUGAGGGCAAGAGAUAGCAGCGCUUUAUUUUUUUUUUUUUCGCGUGAGUCUCUCCACCCCCUGGAAGGUAUUGGUAUAAACGGAGGAAGAAUUUGAGCAGGCUCGAGCCAAGUAAUAUUUCUGUCUAAACGCACAACGUGCUUCCUCCUACGUUUUCGUUUCCAGAUGGGGCUCAGCUGAACGAGCCCUCCUCUUCAGCCCUGUCGUAAGCACCACCAUGUGGGAACCGGGCUGGAGCUGCCAGAGGCUGCAGAAGCAGCCAGGGCGGCCCUGAACAGAAGCACCGAGCUCUGCCCUCUUCUCUGGGAUCAUUCAAAGAUAAAAUACCUGCUCUGUUGACAACCGGUCUACCAGUCAUGAAACGAAUUCUUCUGUUUUUUAUCCUGGCUGCUGCUGUUAUGUAUGGUAUACUGCAUGGAAAUCUGUGGAGAAAUAAUCUCUACUGGAUUAGCUUUUAUGGACAGACUUCCUCUGUGGGGGCUUCUCCUUCCUAUGUGACUAGUGGACUUACCCAGCUGCCACCUACGGCUGUGGAGAGAAGGAGUUCGCUGGACACUUGUCUCCUGAAACCAGCAUUUGAAUCUUUACUGGGUGUUGACAAAAUAUACCCAUUCCUGUGUGCUAAUGAUUUUAUCAGAGUGGCGGAGUUCCAAGGGAGCGAUAAGUUUGAACUACCUUAUGGAAUAAAGAGAGCAGAGCAGUUUUUUCGUUUAGCCCUUUCAAGACUGCAGAGCUGUGGACUUCCCAAUGAAGAUGACAACAUUGCCUGUCGUCGGUGUGUUGUGGUCGGUAAUGGAGGAGUACUUCGAAAUAAAACACUAGGGGAGAAAAUUGAUUCAUAUGACGUCAUAAUAAGAAUGAAUAAUGGCCCCGUUAUAGGGUACGAAGAGGAUGUUGGGAGGAGGACGACUUUCCGCCUUUCUUACCCGGAAUCUAUCUUCUCAGAUCCGAUCCACUACGACCCUAAUACAACUGUUGUUCUCGUUGUCUUCAAACCACGUGACUUGAAGUGGAUUUGGAAGAUCCUAAGUGGUCAGAAGAUAAGUGAUAAAGGCUUUUGGAAGAAACCAGCUAAGAAUAUGAUAUACAAAUCUAGUCAAAUCAGGAUUCUUGAUCCCAGCAUCACCAGGAAAACAGCUUAUGAGUGGCUUCGUUUCCCAACAAGGUUUCCUAAGAAGGAGAAACCCAAACACCCAACAACAGGGCUGAUUGCCAUUACACUAGCAUUUCACAUAUGCCACGAAGUCCACCUGGCAGGCUUCAAGUAUGACUUCUCUGACAGAAACAGUUCUUUGCACUACUAUGGGAAUGAAACCAUGUCUCAGAUGAUCCAGAAUGAAUAUCACAACAUCAGUGCUGAGCAGACAUUCUUGAAGAAGCUUAUAGACAAGAACUUUGUGGUCAAUUUGACGUGAAAGCUGAAUGGAAAAUACAAAGAAGAAUCACUAUUUUCAAGAUUUGAAAAAUUUUUAUUUUUUGUAUGACAUUUUUAUUUUUUAAGUGCAGCAUAACUGUUUACUGUUUAAAAGGAGCCCAGAAACCUCACCAAGGCAGAAGCUUCUUCUAAGCCUGAGGGUAAUGGACUGCUGCAAACAGACUCAAUUGAAUUUCUGUGAAGCUAUUUAAUAGUGGGAAAACCAUGAAACUUUCAGCUGGAAGUAUCAGGGAUAUAAAAAAUGUGAUGAACGUCACUUAUUUAUCAGUGAGAACUCUUUCCAAAUGAUGAUGCCCUUCAAAAGGGUUCCACUGUCAAGAGACUGAGAUGACCAGUGUUUAAUUAGUGGAUGGAUGUUAAGUAUUGAAUAUCUGUCUUGUAGUGUGGAAAUGACUUUAAAACUAUGCCUAUAAAUAAUUACUGUACGUUUUGGAGAAGGGUGGACAUGCAGAGUGUACAGGUUUUGGUCUGCUGUACUCCUGAGGAGAGGACAUCCACUGUCAGCAAAGAAGGCACGCGCAGCUUGUGCGCUGCCCAUCGACUCUGAAUUGCUGAUUGCCUUCACCGAAGGUGACGACCCUUUGGUCCAGUUUGUGGAGAUGUUGAUCUUACAAUGCUUGUGUUGUACCCGUUUUAUGGAAGAAUCAUAUUCCCUGUGCUGUGCAUCCAGUAAAUGUUACAGUUGCUGACUUGACUUACAAAAGAGGGAGUAUGAAGACCAAAGAGUUGCUCGAACUACCCGUGUGUCAGGCAACAUGGAAAUGUGAGCUGGGACAGAUGUUCACGCCUAAGUUUAGAGUCAAUGCUUGUUGGAUUCCUAGGUCUCCAGAACAGGAUGUCAUGUAUUUUUCUGUUUGCUCCCCAAGAACUGAGGUGGAUUUUUCCAAAUGAGCACAAUCUCCUUCUUCGGAUACUAUAAUGCAUUUUCACCUUUGAAAUGCAUCAAUACUCCUGUGCAUGAAUACUUCCAUUUUUGGCAGUAGGGUGUGGUAAGGAAUAUCCAAGAUGUACCUCAGCUGAAUUAUCAUUUGGCAUCUGUUUACCUCUCCUGUCCUGACAUUUAGGUUCAAAGUAUGUGGCUGAACUAAAUUAUUUAGCAGUGGGAAUUUACUGAUAUUAAUUGAAACAUUUAAUGGGAUGUUUAUGUUUUCUGUAUUGGCUUGUCUCUGACAAGCCUGCUGAAUAAAUUAAGUCUACAUGGGAA